AUGAAUCUCGGCGAAAGAUUCCCGCUGAAUUCUCGCUUCUUCGAUUCUAUAUAUAUUCCUGUCUCUCUCGUCUCUAUAUGCUAUCCCUGUUCUUCUGGACAGCACGCCGGAUCCCGAUCAACACCAUCGAUAUAGCUUCCUCGGGCUGACAGUGGCAAUGGCGGACUUGUCGAGAAUCCGCCGGAGCUCUUCUUCCAGUUCCACCAGUUCUAGCGAUCUCUCUGUUAGUGUCCAGCGUGAAGUAGGUGUUGGAAGCGGAAGAACUAGUAAGGAAGUGGAUGGUGUUACAGAUGUUGGCACUGGACUUUCAGUUGAUAAUGGGGGCAUUGGUUCUUCAGGCAAUUCUAGCAAGGGUUUGUCUAAGAUGAACACCUUGCCAGCAGAAACAUCCCAUGCAGACAAGUUAGAUUCAAGUGCAGAUCAAGUUAAGUUGGAAAGAUCAAAAACUGAGAGACAGAGACAUCUGCGGCCUAAAGAUGCAGCUCAGAUUUUUGAUAACAAAAUUGCUGUUAAGGAGAAGCUUAAAUUGUUGAACAGGAUAGCAGCUGUAAAAGAUGACGGAACUGUAGAAUUUGAAAUUCCAGGAGAUGCAGAGCCUGAAGCUCUUGGCGCUCAAUUACGUGUAAAUAAUGUUGUUGAUGAUCAUCAACUUGAAGCAUCAGACCUUCAAUACAUACCCCCAUUACAGAUAGUAAUGCUUAUUGUUGGGACACGUGGAGAUGUACAACCUUUUGUUGCAAUAGGCAAGCGGUUGCAGGACUAUGGUCAUCGUGUAAGAUUAGCAACUCAUUCAAAUUUUAAGGAAUUUGUCUUGACAGCUGGGCUGGAAUUUUAUCCUUUAGGCGGUGAUCCGAAAAUCCUUGCCGGCUAUAUGGUAAAAAAUAAGGGCUUCCUGCCUUCAGGACCUUCCGAGAUACGUAUUCAACGGAAGCAAAUCAAAAAUAUAAUCUACUCUUUGCUUCCAGCUUGUAAAGAACCUGAUAUGGAUUCUGGCAUUCCUUUCAAAGCUGAUGCAAUUAUCGCCAAUCCCCCAGCAUAUGGUCAUACCCAUGUGGCAGAGGCACUGAAAAUACCAAUACAUAUUUUUUUUACAAUGCCAUGGACGCCUACCAGUGAAUUUCCACAUCCUUUGUCUCGUGUAAAGCAACCAGCAGGAUAUAGGCUUUCAUAUCAAAUUGUUGACUCAUUCAUUUGGCUGGGAAUACGAGACAUGAUCAAUGAUCUUAGGAAGAAAAAGUUGAAGCUGCGGCCAGUCACAUAUUUAAGUGAUGCCCAGGGCUCUGAUAAUGAUGUGCCGCAUGCAUAUAUAUGGAGCCCUCACCUUGUUCCUAAACCAAAAGACUGGGGUCCAAAAAUUGACGUUGUUGGGUUUUGCUUCCUUGAUCUUGCAUCAAACUAUCAACCCCCAGAGUCACUCGUGAAGUGGCUUGAAGAGGGUAACAAGCCUAUUUACAUUGGAUUUGGUAGCCUGCCUGUUCAAAAACCAGAAAAAAUGACUCAAAUCAUUGUAGAAGCAUUAGAAAAAACUGGACAGAGGGGCAUCAUCAAUAAAGGAUGGGGAGGUCUUGGAAAUUUGGCAGAACCAAAAGACUCUAUAUACUUAUUGGAUAAUUGCCCUCAUGACUGGCUAUUCUUACGCUGCAAGGCUGUGGUGAGAUCCUCUGUUCUAUCAAUCUUG